AUGAAGGUCAGCUCAGGACCCAGCAGAAGCCCCUGCCGCAGGAGGGGAGUUAGGACACUGACGGAACUUCUGAAGCAGCCAGGCCCCCAGGAGCCACUGCCCCCGCCUCUGGGCCCGCCUCUGGGCAGCUGUGUCCAGGUGCAGAUGGGUGAUGGCCUCCCCCGAGGCUCCCCCCACAACAGCACAGACAAGAAACGCCACACCCACGUGCCCCUGGGGUCGGCGACCCCGGGACCCCCGCGCGGCCCCGGGCUGCAGGGAGCCGAGCCUGACGCUGCAGCGGACUACGCCAAGACGCCACCCUCAAGAGGACAUGUCCGCGCUGCUCGACGCCUGCCCCUGGGCCCCGGCCCGACUACGCGCCCCACGCCAGCCCCGCCCGACGGGCCACUGCAAGGCCUUGGACCACCCGGCCGCCCGGACCGGCCAGCCCCCCGCGGCCACUUGGCGGCUCAGGCCGCCCCUGCCCCCCGGCGGUCGGGCCACCCCCGGCGCGUGGAGAAGCUGCCCAAGGCCUUCCGCCCGCAGCCCCCUGGCCUCUACAGUUGCUCGGUUCGUGGACACCUGAGCACCAACAGCAAAGCAGAGGUCACCGUAUGAAGACGGGGCUGCUGGUUCUUCGAAGCAUUCCCUCUACCAAGGAUCCGCCAUCAGCCUG